GUCGUCAUCCAUUAGUAGCUAUGGAGAAAGAGGCAUGGGGGGUGUAAAAGAGGCGUGGUGUGGCCGGAGUAUAUUUGUGUAGGGGGAGGGGCUAGCAGUAUAUAAAGGUUCCCCUGGAUCCCAUAUGGCUCCUGGUCACAGUGAUGUCUCCCAGAAAGGACGCGGAGCGGUUGAUGCAGGUUCUCACUAUGGCGCCCCUUACUGACUCCCAGUCUCCGGCCAGUGCUCCGCUCUCAUCCCGGGCAGUGGACGUCCCCUUACAGCUCUCCUAUCAGAGUGGGGCGCCCGACACCCCAGCCGAGGAGCCCGACACCCAGGAUACGCUGGAGGAGAACACAAGCCGCCGUGCCCAGGGUCGAUGGUGGUGCCUGAAACGUGCAAGAGAUCUGUGUCAAACUCACAAACGCCUGGUGAUCGCAGCGGCGAUCAGUCUCAUCGUGGUCGUAGUCCUUGGAGGUAUCUUCUCUCGUGUUAUCGGCCCCUUCCCUCCUGAAUCUCCCUCCUGCCCCAAUAAGUGGAUGAGGUCUGAUGGGAAAUGCUACUUUAUAUCCGGGGAAACCAACGACUGGAACUCCAGCCUGGAAUUCUGCCGAUCAGAAGGAGGAACACUGCUGACCACAGAUGAUGAGACGCAGGAAGAUAUAAAGACUCUCUCUAACCUGACCGGGGAAUACUGGGUCGGCCUGAAAAAGGAAGGAGGAGAGUGGAAGCAGAUGGAUGGUUCAGUGUGGACGGGACCCAUAGAGUAUGAUGGCCCCCAGUUGAGCUGCUGUGUGUUGGAUUCUGGGAGAUAUUUGGCCUUUGCUUGUUCAACUCAUAGGCCCUGGAUCUGUGUGAAGUCUGCGGUCGCUGGGAUCAGUAACGCAGGGAGCACAGACCGUGACCAGCAGGGUCGCCUCUCUGUAUGCUGACCGGCUGGGAUGUCCGCAGGGUCGCCUCUCUGUAUGCUGACCGGCCGGGAUGGCCGCAGGGUCGCCUCUCUGUAUGCUGACCGGCCGGGAUGGCCGCAGGGUCGCCUCUCUGUAUGCUGACCGGUCGCAGGGUCGCCUCUCGGUAUGCUGACCGGCUGGGAUGGCCGCAGGGUCGCCUCUCUGUAUGCUGACCGGCUGGGAUGGCCGCAGGGUCGCCUCUCUGUAUGCUGACCGGCCGGGAUGGCCGCAGGGUCGCCUCUCUGUAUGCUGACCGGCCGGGAUGGCCGCAGGGUCGCCUCUCUGUAUGCUGACCGGCUGGGAUGGCCGCAGGGUCGCCUCUCUGUAUGCUGACCGGCCGGGAUGUCCGCGGGGUCGCCUCUCUGUAUGCUGACCGGCUGGGAUGGCCGCAGGGUCGCCUCUCUGUAUGCUGACCGGCCGGGAUGGCCGCAGGGUCGCCUCUCUGUAUGCUGACCGGCCGGGAUGUCCGCGGGGUCGCCUCUCUGUAUGCUGACCGGCCGGGAUGGCCGCGGGGUCGCCUCUCUGUAUGCUGACCGGCCGGGAUCACUGCACAGUCAAUGAUUUUAGAGUUAGAAAGCUUAUCCUGUCAUGUGACACAUCUUAAGGAAUCGGGCUUUGGAGAGGAGGCAGGACGUCUUCUUUAGACUUUGAGGAGACAGCACACGUCCGCCCCCCACCACCAUUCUGAGCCCUGACCCUGUUACAGCACUGAGCUCCUCGUAGGAUCCGUGAUCCAGAGAAAUAACUGCAGACGUUCUGUACGACCACGAGCUGAGUGCGGUCAAGAUUUUAUUCGAUGAAAUGGAUUUGAUUUUUAGUCUUUUUAUAGUAGAAGACUUUAACCGAUUGAUGACAUCAGGCUUACAUGCGGGGUCUUUAUAGAUGGUGCCUGCUCAACAGUCGCCUGGUGCCUGCUAUUUUACAAUUGUUGAAUGGAUUUUUAACCCCUCAGAGGCUGUGUUCAAUUGUGAUCACGGCAUUUGUGUGCCUUCUGAAGACUGAGGCCUGCCACAGCACUGUUCCUACCUGGCCCUGCUCGUGGCGUACACUGAUUCUCCCAUAGACUGCAGUAGUAAGUCAUUGCAGUCUAUGGCGCAAAUGAUUGCUUGUUAAAGUCUUCUAGGGGGGACAAAAAAUAGAUGUAUAAAAAAAAGUUUUAAAUAUAAAAAAAUAUAAAUCAUUAUCCUUGCCGCAUCGCAGUGUAACCAAAAGGAAUCAGAAUUCCCGAUUUGCCUUUGUUUGGUCGGUUCACCUACCACAAAGAAAAUUGAAUAAAAAGUUAUCAAGAAGUCACACACCCCAAUAUAAGUAAAAACUACAAGAUCAGCACCAAUAAAAUGAGCUUUCACACAGCUCCGUAGAUAUAAAUCUAAAGUUAUGGCGGUUGGAAUAUGAUGAUGCAAAUAAAAAAAAUGUUAAAAUUUUUCAAAUACAAAAACAAUAUAAAUGUGGUAUUGCUGUAAUCGUACUGACCCGGAGCAAGAACUUAACAUGUCAGUUACCUCAUGGGGAUGCUGUAAAACAAAACCCAUAAUACUGUGGUGGAAUAGUUCCCCCCCCCCCCAAUUCCAGUCCAUAUGUAUUUUUAAGCUUUCCACUGUAUCACAUGCCGUAUACAAUGGUGCUAUUAGAAAGCGCAAUUCGUUCUGCAAAACAAAAAAAAACAGGCCCAUCUACGGCUUUCUGAACGGAUCAAUUAAGUCAUGGCCGAUAUUAGGGGGUCUGCUCCGGCACUUACCUGGGUCUGAUUUAUGGAGGUGUUCCUGUGCCAACCGGACCCCCGAUGCAAUGGAGGAAACCUACCUGUGCCUGUAAUAUCUCUGUCUAUACUAAUAAAAGGUCUGUGCACA